ACAUUUACAGGCAGAGUUGAGGUCAGUUCGGACCAGGCUUCACCAUGUCUGCAGUGAAAGUCAUGCUGUGGAUGUGUUUGUGUAUUAGUGUGAUUCUUACUGCUAAAGCUCAAGACACUACGGCCAUCAGAGAUCAAAACAAUAAUUCAGCAAAACAGAUAGAAGUGCAAAGUAUGCGAGUGGACUGCAAGGUCGCGUCUCGCUUUGCUCACACAGUUAUGACCACCAAAGCCCUGAACACAGCCAAUGCAUCACAGGAAGUGUUCUUUGAGGUGGACUUACCCAAAACAGCCUUCAUCACCAACUUUAGCAUAGAGAUUGAGAGCAGGAUAUAUGUCAGUGAAGUGAAGGAAAAGGAGCAGGCCAGGCAGAAGUAUGAGAGCGCCGUGUCGUCCGGCCAGACCGCUGGUCUGGUUAAGGCUUCGGGGAGGCACAUGGAGAAGUUCUCAGUCUCCGUGAAUAUCCCACCCCAGAGCCACGUCACAUUCACUCUUACUUACGAAGAGCUGCUACAGCGCCAUCUUGGCAGCUAUGAGAUCAUGAUAGGUGUCCGACCUAAACAGCUGGUUCAGAAUUUUGAGAUUGUGGUAGAUAUCUAUGAACCUAACGGAAUUGCAUUUGUGGAUGUCAAUGGUACAUUCAUCACCAAUGAGUUGCUUCCUCUAGUGAAGAAAACUGUCGCUGAUAAAAAGGCACAUGUGUACUUCUCUCCUACAUUGGAUCAACAGAAAAAAUGCUCAGACUGUGAAGGGACAUUGAUUGAUGGAGAUUUAUUCAUCAAGUAUGAUGUGAACCACCCACAGGAUAUAGGUGAAAUUCAGAUAGUAAAUGGCUACUUUGUACACUUUUUUGCUCCAGAUAAUUUGCCACAAAUGCCUAAGAAUGUGGUAUUUGUGAUAGACCGAAGUGGCUCCAUGGAGGGAGAGAAGAUGAAACAGACUCGAGAAGCUCUGAUGACCAUAUUAAGUGAACUGCAUGAAGAGGAUUACUUUGGGUUGGUCACGUUUGAUGAUGUUGUAGAGUCAUGGAAACCAUCUCUUAGCAAAGCUACACCAGAAAAUGUGAAAGAAGCAAAAGAAUUCGUCCAGAGUAUUGAAGCAAGACACAUGACUGAUAUAAAUGAGGGAAUUUUGUAUGCCGUGGACAUGCUUACCUCAGAAAAAAGUGACUACUUCCCAGACAUGUCUAUGAUCAUCCUACUGACUGAUGGCCGACCCAGUUCUGGGCAGCAACAUCUAUCCAUAAUCCAAGAAAAUGUCCAUAAAGCUAUUAAUGGAAGCAUUAGUCUCUUUUGUUUGGGCUUUGGCUAUGAUGUGGACUACAGUCUCCUUGAUAAGUUGGCCAAGCAGAAUGACGGACUCGCUCGAAGAGUCUAUGAGGCCUCAGAUGCUGCCCUUCAACUGCAGGGUUUUUAUGAAGAGGUGGCUAGCCCACUUCUCUUUGGGGUGAACCUAAAUUAUCCUGGCAACGCUGUAACUGACUUGACACAAAGUCACUUCAGGCAAUUCUUCAAAGGCUCCGAGAUAGUGGUAGCCGGACGCCUACAAGACCUUGAGACUGACAAACUUCGGACUGAAGUAUCUGCACAUGGGUUGGAGGACCAGUUUGUGUUCGAGAGUUCAGCAAUUGCUGAAGAGUGGGACAGUGUGUUCCCUGAGGAGGAGUACAUCUUUGGCGAUUUCACAGAGCGACUGUGGGCAUAUCUGACCAUCCAGCAGCUCUUGGAUAAAAUAGAAAAAUGCUCACCAGAGGACAAGGAGAAUGCCACAGCUGAAGCUCUGGACCUUUCUCUAAGGUAUAACUUUGUCACACCACUUACAUCCAUGGUGGUCACCAAACCACAGACCGAGGAUGAAGAAACACUUGUUGCUGACAAGCUGACUGAAGAGCAGCGAGAGGACACAACAGAACCUGUUAUAGGUGCACUUUAUGCUCCACCUCAGUUGAUCGGCAGUGCUCACAAAAAUCUCAGACCCCAAGGUCUACUCUCUGCCAAAAAACACCAAAAUCUACUCCCUUCAUAUCUUGUUGAUGGAGAUCCACACUUCAUCAUUGAGCUGCCAGAUCAGAAUGAUGCUCUGUGCUUCAACAUUGAUGACAAACCUGGAACCAUCUUCAACUUGGUUAGCGACCCGCUUACAGGCAUUAUAGUGAACGGCCAGAUCAUUGGAGAUAAGAAGGUGAUCCCAGGGAGCAAGAUGCACACUUAUUUUGGGCACUUUGGGAUUGCUUAUGAGAAGUUUGGUAUCAAAUUGAUGGUGAGCACAAAGGAGAUCUCACUGUCUGAAGAGGGAAAACAGACAAAAUUGUCCUGGACUAACAACAGGACUAUAAAAGGACUGAACAUGGAUCUGCAGGUGAUCAAAGAUCGCAGUUUAACAGUGACCCUGAGGAACUCAGUCAAGUUUCUUAUUAUCCUGCACAAAAUAUGGCAGAAUCACCCGUAUCAUCAAGACUACCUCGGGUUCUACACCUUGGACAGUCACCAUCUUUCACACAAUGUUCACGGCCUGCUUGGUCAGUUCUACCAGGGUGUUAACUUUGAGGUCAGUGACUUGUUUCUAGGAAAAGACCCUGAUAAACAAGAUGCCAUUAUGUUUGUGAAAGGAAACAAGCUCACGGUUACCAGGGGCUGGCAGAGAGAUUUCAGAAAGGACGUAAAGAAUGGAGACAAUGUGCCCUGCUGGUUCAUUCACAAAAAUGGCACCGGACUCCUCGAUGGAGUUCACACAGAUUACAUCGUUUCUGGUCUCUUUAAGACAAUCUAGACAACAUCUGUCGCUCAACCGACCUUUGCACUACGGACAAAGUACAUGUUAGCUUUCAUGUAGUCUUAAGUACAUGAUGUGAUGGUUUUUAUUUGGAUAUAAUGCCAUAUUUGACAAAGCUGCAUUACAAAGCUGUUUGUGAUAGACAUUUUUAUAUACUUUUUUGGAAUUCAAUGGCUAUGAAAUAAAAUGCCCAUCUAAACAUUC